AUGACGUUUUACACAAGCAACAGCUUGUACCCGACCUCCAAUCUUCCUGUGUCCAACGGGUUCGCACAUAAGAUGGAUGAUAAGAACAAGAUCGUCUUCCUGGACGUGACUCCGAGCCGCACUCCGAUGCGCACACCAUCGGCCAAUGCCAUCGUUCCCAUAUCAGAUAAUUUCAUAAUGCCCCAUAUCUCCCGCGACGUGGUCUAUGAGAAUAUAAAACCCGUAUUUACUCUACUGCGAUUGAUGGGUGUGCUGCCGCUCACCAAGCCCUCUUGUGGUGUCAACCAGUUUCACCUGGCCUCGCCUGCCAUGCUCUACUCAUCAGUCAUCUUCUUCUCCCUCGUUAGCUAUGUACUGUACAUGUCUCUCCACAAAGUUCAAAUAUUGCGCAGCGCUGAGGGUAAAUUCGAAGAAGCUGUGAUAGAGUAUCUCUUCACGGUGUAUCUAUUUCCCAUGGCAGCUGUACCGAUAAUGUGGUACGAAACGCGUAAAAUAGCUACUGUGCUCAAUGGAUGGGUUGAUUUUGAGAUUGCCUACAAAAAGUUAUCAAGUCGUGCCCUUCCUAUGACCCUGUAUAGAAAGUCUCUGGCCAUUGCUAUCAUCAUCCCUAUACUGUCAACCACGUCUGUGAUCAUUACGCACGUCACUAUGGUGCACUUCAAGCUGAUGCAGAUCAUUCCCUACAUCUUCUUGGAAAUAUUGACGUACAUACUUGGAGGAUAUUGGUAUCUACUUUGUGAGACCUUAAGUAUCUGCGCCAAUGUCUUAGCGGAGGAUUUUCAACAGGCCCUUCGUCACAUCGGGCCGGCUAAGAAGGUGGCAGAGUACCGCGGCCUCUGGUUGCGCCUCAGCAAGCUGGCGCGCGACACCGGCAUCGCCAACUGCUACACCUUCACCUUCGUGAACCUCUACCUCUUCCUCAUCAUCACGCUGUCGAUCUACGGGCUCCUCAGCCAGAUCUCCGAGGGAUUCGGAAUCAAAGACAUCGGUCUCGCACUAACGGCUUGCUGCAGCGUGUUUCUGCUCUUCUUCAUCUGUGAUGAAGCUCAUUACGCGUCCCAUAAUGUGAGGACAAACUUCCAGAAGAAGUUGCUGAUGGUGGAACUGUCGUGGAUGAACACAGAUGCGCAAACAGAGGUGAACAUGUUCCUGCGAGCCACAGAGAUGAAUCCCUCGCAGAUCAGCCUCGGGGGCUUCUUCGAUGUCAAUCGGAACCUUUUUAAAUCUUUGCUGGCUACAAUGGUGACGUACCUGGUGGUCCUCCUGCAGUUCCAGAUCAGCAUUCCUGACGAGUCUCAGAGCGAUGAGAUCGAUGAUAACUUCGUCAAUGCCACCACCACCACACAAGCAACUACUACUACUACGACAAUGUCAACUAUUCUCACGACACUAGCCAAGAAAAAAAAGAAAAAUUUCAUUUAAAAUUUUAGUUUUUAUCACAAAUUACACUACUGGACAUACAAGCUUGCUCCUCGUGGAUCGGAGGACGUACGAAGGCUCUACCCUGAACUGCUCCACUGCGGUUUGGUUCAAAGCUGCCAGGCCCGAUUUUAAUUUAAAAUAAAUUUUAGUUUGUCUACCUGGGAUUCGAAACCAAGACAUGAUUUAGUAGUUAAUGUACUAUCUAGCCCUUAAAACACAAAGGUCGUCCGUAUAUUACUUUAGAACUAGGUAUACCUAUAUGCCCACUGUUUUCUGUAAAGUAAUAAUUGUA